AUGUUUUCCAUGAAGAUCUUCCUCUUGGUCCUGUGUGUGGUGGGCACAGUCUGGACUACAGACCCUGGAGAAGGUGAAUUUUUAGCUGAAGGAGGAGGUGUGCGUGGUCCAAGAGUCGUGGAAAAAUCACGAUCUACUUGCAAAGAAACAGACUGGCCCUUCUGUGCUGAUGAAGACUGGACUCAAAAAUGCCCUUCUGGCUGCAGGAUGAAAGGGUUGAUAGAUGAGAUCAACCAAGAUUUUACAAGCAGAAUAAGUAAACUUCAAAAUGCACUAUUUGAUUAUCAGAAAAAUAACAAGGAUUCUACCUCUGUGACCACAGAUAUGUUGGAAUAUUUGACAGGAAACAUGGCCCAAGCCAACAACUAUGACAGCAAUUAUAACCAAGUGGCAGAAGAACUCAGAAGCAGGAUUGAGGUCCUGAGGCGCAAAGUCAUAGAGAAAGUAAAGCACAUCCAACUCCUACAGAACAGCGUCAGGGCUCAGCUGGUAGACAUGAAGCGGCUAGAAGUGGACAUUGACAUGAAGAUCAGGUCAUGCCAAGGUUCCUGCAACAGGGUUUUAUCUCAUCAGAUCGACCUAAAGGACUACGAAGAGCAGCAGAAACAACUGGCGCAGAUCAUUUCCAAGGACUUGCUCCCCCCUACGGACAGGCGAUAUUUACCACUGAUGAAAAUGACUCCAGUGACAGAUUUCGUUCCCGGAGAAUACAAAAGUCAGCUUCAGGAGGCCAUUCCAGAGUUGAAAGCGUUAACAGAAAUGAAGCAGAUGAAAAUGGUAUUAGAGAAGUACGGUAGAGAGGAGAGUGCCCGAGGAGAUUCUGUCUCUUACAGCCCAGGAUCAGAGCCCGGAAGCCACAGGAACCCUACUCCAGGAGGUGACGGACACUGGAGUUCCGGGAACUCUGAAUACGGCCCUGGUCGUUGGAAUUCUGGAAGCUUUGGACCUGGCAACUUCGGCACCAGGAACCCUGGAAGCUCUGGAGCUGGAAAUACAAGACCAGAUAGCUCAGGCUAUGGGAACACCAGGCCUACCAACCCAGACUGGGGUACAUUUGAAGAGACUCCUGUAAGUUCAGGGACCAGGAAAGAAUACCACCACACAGAGAAACUGACUACUUCUAAAGGGGAUAAAGAGCUCUUGAUUAGCAAUGAGAAGACCAGGCCCGGUAGCAGUAGCAUAUCAACCACUCAUCGUUCCUGCUCUAAAACCAUCACCAAGACAGUGACUGGUGCUGACGGGCACAAGGAAGUGGUGAAAGAAGUGAUACACUCAGAAGACGGCUCCAGCUGCCCAGAGGUCAUAGAUUCAUUUUCAGUGCCCUCUUUUAUGUCCAAAGGUAGCCUGGAUGAGUUCUCCCUCAGGCACCCUUCCGAAGCCUCUUUCUUCGACACUUCCUCGACUACGAAUGCAUUUGCGUUCCCAGGUCUACUCUCUACACACAGAGAGUUACUGGAGGGGACCCAGUCUGUGGGCUCAGACUCUGACUUCACGCAUGCCAAGGAAACCACUUCUCAUCACCUCAGUGUGCCUGACAGUAGCAAAACUACAAGAAAGCAGAUGGUGACCAGUCACACAACAUUUAGCAGAGGAGGCUCUGCUGUGGACUCCAAAAGCUACAAGCUGGCCGACGAUGCAGGAAGUGAAGCUGACCGCGAAGUUCGCAGACACACCUAUGUCACCAGCAGAAGCUAUGCUAAAACCCGUCCUUCCAGAGACUGUGAUGAUGCCCUCCAAACACAUCCUUCAGGUGCCAAAAGUGGCAUUUUCAAUAUCAAGCUACCGGGAUCCAGUAAGAUUUUUUCUGUUUAUUGCGAUCAAGAGACCAGUUUGGGAGGAUGGCUUUUGAUCCAGCAAAGAAUGGAUGGAUCAUUGAAUUUUAACCGGACUUGGCAAGACUACAAGAAAGGUUUCGGCAGCCUGAAUGACAAGGGGGAAGGAGAAUUCUGGCUAGGCAACGAUUACCUCCACUUCUUAACCCUAAGGGGCUCUAUCCUUAGGGUCGAAUUAGAAGACUGGUCUGGGAGAGGUGCCUAUGCAGAGUAUCACUUCCGGGUAGGCUCUGAGGCUGAAGGCUAUGCCCUGCACGUCUCCGCCUACCAGGGCACGGCAGGGGAUGCUCUGAUUGAAGGUUCCACAGAGGAAGGGGCAGAGUACACCUCUCACAACAGCAUGCAAUUCAGCACCUUUGACAGGGAUGCAGACCGCUGGGAAGAGAACUGUGCAGAAAUCUAUGGAGGAGGCUGGUGGUACAACAAUUGCCAGGCAGCCAAUCUCAAUGGUAUCUACUACCCCGGGGGCCCCUAUGAUCCGAGGAAUAACAGCCCCUACGAGAUUGAAAAUGGAGUGGUCUGGGUCCCCUUUCGAGGAGCAGAUUACUCGCUCAGAGUGGUUCGCAUGAAAAUCAGGCCUCUGAGGACCCAAUAGGCUGAAACGUUUGGAGUGGAAGCAGUUCUAGUUUCUUUGCUUGUUUAACAAAGUGGAGGGAAAGCAAGGAAGAUGUCAAGAUUAUUUACAACCUGCU